GGUUGCGAAGAUGGCAGGGUCUUGGAAUCUGGUGGUGGCACUGGCCUUGGUGACACUGGGUGUGGAGAUAGAAUGUUCAACUGAAGUAAUGAAGACCAUUACAUCGGGAUUCAUGAAAGCUUUGGAGGAGUGCCGACAUGAACAAAAUUUCUCGGACCACGUGAUCCGUGACCUGUACUUUUACUGGAAGGAGGAUUACACCCUGCUGAACAGAGAGACGGGGUGCGCCAUCGUCUGCAUGAGCCACAAGCUGAACCUGCUGGACACCAGCGGGAAGUUGCACCACGGAAAGACCAAGGAGUUUGCUAUGAGCCAUGGAGCUGCUGACGACACGGCUGCGAAGCUAGUGACGUCACUCCACGAGUGUGAGAACAAUAACGCUGAAGUGGAAGACACUUGUAUGAAGGCUCUGGAGGUCGCCAAAUGCUUCCGGACCGCUAUCGACCAGCUCAACUGGACCCCUAAGAUGGAUAUCAUCAUUACCGAGGUCCUUACUGAUAUAUAGGUCAAAAUAUUUUGGUGUUGUUAAUAAAAUGGAAUCUCUGUUA